UCGAAAUCGAGACUCUGGGUAGUUUACUGACUGAGUUGAAAUGUUGGUGUGGUAUUAGCUUUGUGGUUGCUUGGAAAUAUGUUAAAAUUUCGUACGACGUAUAAACAUCUAAUUGUGUUCUUGAUAUUCAAGAAUGUCAAGACAGACUCGACAAAAACUCGACAAUAAUAACGAAUAACGAUAGAUUUUAAAAUGCUAUCACUCAUCAGAUCACAGACCUUGACCACCCCACCCCAAGGAUGUAAAGAUUGUCCUCAUCGCUUUGCGACGGACGAAGAAGUGGAAGAAGACUAGCUAUCAUGUACCAUCCUAGGUACCAUCAGAUCUCGAGUCGAGAGAGUUAUUACCACAGGGAAUAGAACAUUUUUUAGCAUAUAUCAAUAAAAAGUUGUCAUGUGAGAAUCAUGUGAGUGAUGUGACGCAUGUGCUCACACGCUUGCUCACACUUAUAUCAUCUAUACAAGCCAUGGAAAAAUAUUACGUAACGUUAGUUUGAUCUCUGGUCAGAAGAGACUGGUUCGUUCAAUAAUGUGUACAUGUGAUCAAAGGCCUGUAUUGCGUAAUACAAAUACCUGAACGUCAAUACGAGACAGGCCAAUUAAAUAACGAAUGGAAUGAUCAAGAGUGUAUCAAUUUUAUAUCAUUCCUGAUAAAAAUUCCAUCCCCAUCUUCCCAAUGUUUUCGAGAUGAUUACGGAAGACAAUGUCAUAGAAAGUGCUGAAAUGAAUGAGAUGAAUGAAACAAAAGCCAGUCUUCAAUCUAACAAUGGUGCAGUUAAUGCUGAAGGUUAUGGAGCAACCUGUGAUGGAAGUCAAGGUAGUAAUGUAACAGACCACUGUGCAAGUAAUAAUAAAAACAAGGAAGGUCAUGAUCACAAGACAACAUACUUUGAAUCAAGAAUACCAAUACCUCGCGAGGCAGACAGAGAUUAUGGCUUCAGUUUUAAACGUCUUUGGGCAUUUACUGGUCCUGGAUUCUUAAUGAGUAUUGCGUAUCUUGAUCCGGGAAAUAUUGAAUCAGAUCUUCAGUCUGGGACUACUGCAGAGUUUAAGCUCCUAUGGGUUCUCAUGGUAGCAACAUUUAUUGGAUUUUUGAUGCAGAGACUGUCAGCUCGUCUUGGAACAAUCACUGGAAAACAUUUGGCAGAGUUAUGUUACGAGAAAUACCCAAAAGUACCGCGGAUUAUAUUAUGGAUCAUGGUGGAGAUUGCUAUAAUUGGCAGCGACAUGCAGGAAGUCAUUGGAACUGCAAUAGCGUUUUAUCUUCUUUCAAACGGAAAAAUUCCUCUGUACGCUGGCGUACUUAUUACAAUCAUGGAUACGUUUGUUUUCCUCUUUUUAGAUAAAUAUGGUCUAAGGAAACUUGAAGUAUUUUUUGGCUUCCUAAUUACAGUUAUGGCAGUAACAUUUGGAUACGAGUAUGGUGUUGUUAAACCAAAUCAAGCAUCCGUAGUGAAAGGAAUGUUUAUACCUGGUUGUGAUAACUGCACUGCAAAAGCCAGGAAACAAGCUGUAGGAAUAGUUGGUGCAGUCAUUAUGCCACACAACUUUUACUUGCAUUCAGCCCUUGUCAAGUCGCGACAAGUUGACAGAAGUAAACAUCAAGAAAUUAAAGAAGCGAACAUGUAUUACACCAUUGAAUCAGGAAUCGCCUUGUUUGUCUCUUUUCUGAUUAAUUUAUUUGUCGUUGCUGUUUUUGCAGAGGGAUUUUAUAAUAAGACUAAUAAGGAUGUGAUUGGUAUUUGCCAAAAUGCGACAUAUGACAUUCGUUAUGAAGGCAUUUUUGACAAUAAUACAGACGUAGUUGAUGGAGAUCUUAUAAGGCGUAAGUUUGUCCAUGGAAUAUACCUUGGUUGUGAAUAUGGUGUCGCGGCGUUAUAUAUAUGGAGUAUUGGUAUCCUAGCCGCUGGACAGAGUUCUACUAUGACUGGAACCUAUGCUGGUCAAUUUGCUAUGGAGGGUUUUCUCAAAAUGUCUUGGACACGUUGGAAACGAGUUCUAUUUACUCGGUCUAUAGCAAUAGGACCGACUUUGGCAGUUGCUGGUUUCUUAGGAAUCAAUAAUCUCACUGGAAUGAAUGAUUUUCUCAAUGUCUUACAAAGUUUGCAGCUUCCCUUCGCAUUGCUACCAAUGUUGUACUUUACGAACAAAACAGAAGUGAUGGGCAGUUUUGUAAACGGAAGGAUUAUGUGCGCUUUUUCAUGGGUUGUCCUCCAUUGUGAAUUAGGAAUCAACUUCUUUUUUGUCGGCGAAACACUGACGAGUUUACCGAAAAAUGUUGCACUGUUGUUCUUCAUCUCAAUCCUGGUUGUUUUUUAUUGCGCUUUUGUUCUACUCUUAUUUUACUAUGCUCUUGAGUUCACUUUUCUUGAUCGGUUUAAUUGUCUUCGAAGCAAGAGCACGGGAUAUGAACCACAUGACGAUGAAGUUGAUUAUAUAAGUGAUGAAUAGUCCAAGUGAAAGAAAUAGAACCUCGUUUUUUUGUUGAUAAAACAUAAUCUGAAUACUGGAUAUGGUGGCAUAUGCACGUCGCUCAUUUUCCGUCUACAGCACUUUGCUUUUUCGCGAUAACAAAUUACAAACAUAUUUUACGAAGUAAUGUAGAUUUAGAAUAUUUUAUACAACAUACAUACAUGCAUGCGAUCCGUGACGGCAAGCAGUAACAAAACGCGUGUUGCAAUUUGGGGGCGUGAUUAUCGUAAAUAUUAUUAGAACUCAAUUAAAAAAGGUAAAAAAAGUUGACGUUGCCCGGCAGGCAUUACCUGGCCAAUUCUGUCAAAACCAGUUUUUACUAAAAAUUUUUACCAAAAAAUGCUUUCUCAAAAAAGCCAUUAUAAAAUAGAUUAGACAACUAUGUG